GCGCGGUGCCGGUGCCGGUUGGCUGCGGGCGGUGACGGCGGGAGGCGGUGGCGAACAUGGCGGCGGCGGCGGCCGGGGAGGCGGCGGCAGCGGCGGGGCGGCGCUGAGGAGGCCCGAGGCGGGCUGAGGAGUGGCGGGGCGGGCGGGCGGGGGCCCAUGUGCGGUGGCGGCGGACCCCCCCCGCCCCCCACUACCGACGCCCGUUCGCAGCCAGGCGCCGCCGAGGCGGCUCUGCGGGCGCGGAGCGAGCGCGGCCCCGGCCCGCCGGCGGCGGCAGGAUGAAGUUCGCCGAGCACCUCGCGGCGCACAUCACCCCCGAGUGGCGGAAGCAGUACAUCCAGUAUGAGGCUCUGAAAGAGAUGCUAUAUGCAGCUGUGGACCAGGCCCCUUCUAUAGAAGACACAGAUGAGGACACGGUGAAAAGAUGUUUUGCCACGUUUGAAGAGAAAUUCUUCCAAACCUGUGAGAAAGAACUUGCCAAAAUCAACAUUUUCUAUUCAGAGAAGCUCGCGGAAGCGCAGCGCAGGUUCACCACGCUCCGCACCGAGCUGCAAUCCACCUUGGACGCGCAGAAGGAGGCCAGCGGGGCCUCCACGCUGCCGCGGCGCCGAAAGCCCGUCUUCCACCUGUCCCACGAGGAGCGGGUCCAGCACAGGAACAUCCGAGACCUGAAACUGGCCUUCAGCGAGCUCUACCUCAGCCUCAUCCUGCUGCAGAACUAUCAGAACCUGAACUUCACCGGCUUCCGCAAGAUCCUGAAGAAGCAUGACAAGAACCUGGAGACGACGCGGGGGGCGGAAUGGAGGGUGGCCGAGGUGGAGGUGGCUCCCUUCUACACCUGCAAGAAGAUCAACCAGCUUAUCUCCGAAACAGAGGAAGUGGUGACCAACGAGUUGGAAGAUGGAGACAGACAGAAGGCAAUGAAACGUCUGCGUGUUCCACCCUUAGGAGCAGCUCAGCCUGUACCAGCCUGGACUACAUUCAGGGUUGGAUUGUUCUGCGGGUUGUUCAUUGCACUGAACGUCACUGUCAUACUUUCAGGUGUGGCUUUUAUAGAUGGACCAAAUGUGUGGCCACUGGUGAGAAUCUAUCGAGGUGGCUUUCUCCUGAUAGAAUUCCUCUUUCUCCUGGGUAUCAACACCUAUGGCUGGAGGCAGGCUGGAGUCAACCACGUCCUCAUCUUCGAGCUCAACCCCCGCAGCAACUUGUCCCAUCAACAUCUCUUUGAGAUUGCUGGUUUCCUGGGUGUUUUGUGGUGCCUGAGCCUGCUGGCAUGUAUAUAUGGUCAAUUCACCUACAUCCCCAUGCAGGUGAACCCACUCAUCUUGUACGGCUUCAUGUUGCUUUUUCUCAUCAACCCUACCAAAACCUUAUAUUACAAGUCCCGUUUUUGGCUGCUCAAACUAUUGUUUCGAGUAUUCACUGCUCCCUUCCACAAGGUAGGCUUCGCAGAUUUCUGGCUGGCUGAUCAGCUCAACAGCCUGGUCGUGAUACUUAUGGAUUUGGAAUACAUGAUCUGCUUCUACAGCUUUGAGGUUCAGUGGGAGAACAAUGCUGGACUUCUGGCAAAUACAGAUAAUCAGAUUUGUAACAGCUACUCCUACGGAGUGAGAGCAGUUGUCCAGUGCAUCCCUGCUUGGUUGCGAUUCAUCCAGUGCCUGCGCCGUUACCGCGAUAACAAACGGGCCUUUCAUCUGGUUAACGCUGGAAAAUAUUCCACCACCUUCUUCGUGGUGACAUUUGCAGCCCUCUACAGCACUCACAAAGCUAAAAACCACAGUGACACCCAAGUGUUCUUCUACCUGUGGAUAAUCUUCUGUUUCAUCAGCUCUUGCUAUACCCUCAUUUGGGACCUGAAGAUGGACUGGGGUCUCUUUGACAAAAAUGCUGGUGAAAAUACCUUUCUCCGAGAAGGAAUUGUCUACCCACAGAAAGCAUACUACUAUUGUGCCAUUGUAGAAGAUGUCAUCCUGCGUUUUGCGUGGACCAUCCAGAUCUCCCUCACCUCCAUGCAAAUCUUUCCCUACGCUGCAGACAUCAUCUCUACUGUGUUUGCCCCACUUGAGGUGUUCCGGCGGUUUGUGUGGAACUUCUUCCGCCUGGAGAACGAGCACCUGAACAACUGCGGCGAGUUCCGGGCCGUGAGGGACAUCUCGGUGGCGCCGCUCAACGCCGACGACCUGACGCUCCUGGACCAGAUGAUGGACCAGGAGGACGGCGUCCGCAACCGCCGCAAGAACAAGCAGUGGAAGCGCAGCCUGAGCGUGUCCCUGCGCAGGCCUCGCCUCGCCUCACAGUCCAAGGCUUCUGACACAAAGGUAUUGAUAGAGGACCUAGCAAACGAAGUGAACACAUGAGAUGGCCACGUUCUCUUAUUCCACAUCCUUUGUUUUCUCGUUCUGUUUCCCUCUUCCCCAAGUAACCCGAGCUCUGGUACAGAUCCAGCUGAAAACAGGAGAAAACACUGAACACGUUUUCUGAGCUCUUCCAGACCAGAUCCUAUGGACUCCAACAAGCUCACUGUGUUUCAUUUCUUUUCUUCUGGGUUAAUUUUAAUGUUCUAUUUUAAACAAAAAAAAAAAAAAAAAACCAAACAAAAAAAUAAAA